AUGCGUUUCACGUGUAGUCAAAUCAAGUUCCUUUCACCAGAACAUUUCCGUAUCUUGCUUGCUAUCGAGUUAGGCAGCAAAAAUCAUGAAUCUGUGCCUCUUUCAUUAAUUCAAUCAAUUUCAAAAGCAAAGUGUAAUUUAGAUAGUAUUAUAACUGAUUUAGUAAAACAAAAGUUCAUUAAAGGUAUACCAUAUACCGGGUAUGAAGGAUAUGCCCUAACAUAUACAGGUUAUGACAAUCUAGCCCUUUAUGCCUUGCAGAAGGAAGGUAAGCUUUGGGGAGUAGGGGGUAAGAUAGGAGUGGGUAAAGAAUCGGACUUGUACUUAGGAAUGUCUCCUGAGAAGAAACUUGUCUGUAUUAAGAUACACCGAUUAGGCCGAGUCUGUUUCAAAACAGUUAAGUUAAAUAGAGAUUAUCACCAGAACCGCAAGUAUACUUCAUGGAUGUACCUCUCACGACUAUCAGCUGAGAAAGAGUUUGAGCAUAUGACUCGUUUAUGGGGCAAGAUUCCUAUUCCUCGGCCUAUUUCUCAGAACAGACACGUAGUGGUAAUGGAGUACUUAGAGAAUUAUACUACGCUUUGUAAGAUUCCCAAGACUGGGAAUACGUUGCCACGGCAGUUAAAACCUACUUUACUUAAGAUUCUUGAAGAUAUGGCUGAAUUAGGGUAUGCUCAUGGGGACUUUAAUGAAUUCAACAUUAUGAUUCGUAAUGACUAUCAAAAAGUCAAAAUCAUUGAUUUCCCACAAAUGGUACCGAUUGAUGAUCCAAGAGGUCCAGAAUAUCGAGAAAGAGAUCGUACGGGUCUUGAUGCCUACUUCAAAGAGUUUAGCUAG